AUAUCAAAAAAAGUUUUCUCAAAAUACCCCAACAAUGUAUUAAUGGUGGGAACCGUAAGUAUGCACUCCCUGCCGUAAUUUCAUUUUUGCGUACAACAAAGUGCGCUUGAUAUAUGUUUGGCUUGCAAAGAACACAUUAACAAUUAACGCAAGAUAGUGAUGGUUCCGACUAAUCUGACCAUCAAUGGGGAAGAUCGCGGCAACAGCUACUAUUCCUGUGGUGGAAGUUCGCCGAGCUCCGCCUCUUAUGGCCAAGCCUCAUCUACCUGAUUCUGAUUCUUGUGAAAUCAAAAGUUUUCUCACCGGUGCAACAACCUCCACCGGCAAAGAUGAUGCUGAUUGGUUGCAACUUGAUGCUCUUAUUCAAGGAUGGAUUCUAUCUACCGUUAAUGACGAAGUUUCAGAUCUCAUUAUCUCCUCCACCACCUCUGCCGCGGAUCUUUGGAAAGCCAUUCAUAAUUUGUUUCACGACAAUAAAGCCGCUCGAGCCAUGCAAUUGGAGCAACGCUUCUACAGCACCGUCAAGGGCGCAUCCACUAUCGCCACUUAUUGCCAAACUUUGCGGAAUAUUGCUGAUUGGUUAGAUGACGUGGAUGCCCCGGUGACGGAAAAUCAGCUUGUCUUGCAAACCCUACGUGGCCUUCCCGAGGAUCUCGGCUCCCAGGCGUCCUUUCUGCAAUUCCAAAAACCCCCGCUGACUUUCAUGGAGACCAGAUCUGCACUUCUCCUCCUCGAAGGACAACGUCGCCCACAAACAGCUUCCGGCGACGAGGGAACUGCCCUGGCCACUCUCGGCCACGGUGGACACGCCGGUUCCGGCAGCAGGGGCGCGGUGGUGCGCCUGCAGGCGGCGGGCAGCAGGGCGGCAGUGGCGGCGGACAGCACUAUGGCAGACAGCUUCAGGGCGGACAACCUCAGGGCAACGGCGGACGCGGGUACGGCUAUGGUGGACGCGGUGGACGACCGAACCGCGGUCGCGGUCGAGCCCCUCACCCCCACGGCCUUAGCCCACCAUCUUGAUACAAUGACCCUCCGUGAACCCUCAUGGCUCAUGGACACCGGCGCCACUCACCACAUCGCUUCAGACCCAGAAUUUGACUCUCACGGUUUUUCUGUGAAGGAUUCUCGGACGGGAACCGUGAUUCAACGUUGCAAUAAUGAAGACCCUCUCUAUCCUCUGCGCACCCAUGACUCAACUGCACAAGCCCAUGUUGCCUCUGUCUCAGCCCAAACGUCCGCCACCGAUCACAAGUCCUUAUCUUUCAACCAUCCAAACUUGAUUUCCAGAAAGCUCUAUUUCAUUUCAACUUGUGCUACUCCUCAACUCACUAUAUACGGCCUAUAUCUCAGGUUGUAGGGGAAGCCGUAUUCCGGCGGCGGCUCUGUUCAUAUUGGGAGAUUCGCUUUUUGAUGCCGGCAACAACAACUACCUUAAAAGCCCAAUCGGCCGAGCUAAUUUCUGGCCGUACGGGGAAACUUUCUUCAAGCAUCCCACCGGAAGAUUCACUGACGGUCGUAUUAUCCCUGAUUUUAUUGAUAAUAUAUUUUUCUACCUAAU